UCUCUGCGUCAGGCUGUCGUCAAGGUUUAUACUUUAUUCAUUUGUAGUGAGCUCGAUAAUCAUGGCUGAUGGAGUUGUUGCUGGUGGUGAAGUUGAGAAUGUGGCUAGUAAUGUAUUGGUGAAUGCAAACGGGGAAAUUGUAGAUAAUGCUCAGACGGAGGAACAAAACGACUUUAAUGCGCGUGUGAACCAGGAACGGGAGAGAUAUCAGCCAACAAGAUGGGAGUCCUUUUUCGCCAUUAUUAAAUCGCUCAUUAUUAGGGCACUUAUCAUAUAUUUCAUAACCUCAUUUUUUCGAGCUCCUGCGCAGACACCAGAUCCUAAUGCUCCAGCGGGGGUUUCUUCUAGCCGUAGACCGGCAGUUAAUUUGUUUGAGAACGGAACUAUUAUGGACCUUUAUGUCUAUGUCUCAGAGCAAGAAACAUUCAAAGAGUUUGAUGAACCAGAUGCACUGAUUUGGAAGAAGGAGGGCUUAGUAUACGGAGAUUGGUAUUCAGGUCCCAAUGGAGAUGGUACAUACGUUCACAAUACUGAGCUUAUUGCAUCAGAGAAUGUAAGGAAUAAUGGAUCCUUGUAUCUUCACGUAUUUCUUACAAGACAUGGAAAGCCACCAAACCCAGAUUCUAACAAGGCUAGAGCUCAAGUUGCAUAUAAUAGAAAAAUGUUGAACAAGUUCAAGAAGUUGCGCUAUACGAAGACUCACAAUUUAUUAACGGGAGAGACAGCAGCCACACCAGAAGAAGUAAAGAAAGCAGAGACAAUGAAAGAGGAAAUAAUAUCACACUGGCAUCCAAAUUUGACUGUGAAUGUAGUAACAGAUCAAACCAGCUGGAUCCAAGGAUCUGUUCCACCGCCUCUUGAUGAAUAUAUUGAAUUUCUUCCUGGUGGUGAAUACUACAAACCAGUAAUAUUUUUGAAUGAGUUCUGGAACUUGUUAAGAGAUUAUCAGCCAGUAAACCAGUCAACAAAAGUACUGCCUUUACAGUUAACCUUGCAGCCACUGUCACUUUUCAAAUGGCAGUUAUACUCAUCACAGGCAAUGCGCAAUCGCUGGCCGUCAAUGCUAACUGAAGCUGACGAGGAUGAUGAGGACCAGGAUUCCUUGAAAGAGGCUCUUCUGGAGACAUCACCUUAUUUGUUGGCUCUUACUGUUAUUGUGUCAAUCCUGCACAGUGUCUUUGAACUGUUGGCUUUCAAAAAUGAUAUUCAGUUCUGGAACAACAGGAAGUCUUUGGAAGGACUCUCAGUUCGAUCAGUAUUCUUCAAUGUAUUUCAGUCUCUGAUUGUCCUGCUGUAUGUUCUGGAUAAUGACACAAACACUGUUGUGAAACUAAGUUGCUUUGUUGGGCUUGGAAUAGAGGUCUGGAAAAUACAUAAGGUCAUGGACAUAAACAUAAACAGAGAGUCUAGAAUAUUUGGUGUUAUUCCACGAAUUUCGUUUACGGAUAAAGGCUCAUAUGUUGAAUCUAGUACAAAAGAGUACGAUAUGAUGGCAUUCAAAUACCUGUCAUGGGCUUUGUACCCUUUGUUAUUUGGAUAUGCUGUUUAUUCUUUGCUGUAUCAGGAACAUAAAGGAUGGUAUUCCUUUGUCCUCAACAUGUUGUAUGGAUUCCUUCUCACAUUUGGUUUCAUUAUGAUGACUCCUCAACUGUUUAUCAAUUAUAAAUUGAAGUCUGUUGCACAUUUACCUUGGAGAAUGUUGUCAUACAAGUUCCUUAACACGUUUAUUGAUGACAUUUUCGCAUUUGUCAUCAAAAUGCCAACAUUGUACAGAUUAGGUUGUUUCAGAGAUGAUAUUGUCUUCUGCAUAUUCUUGUACCAGCGCUGGAUUUAUAAGACUGACCCUACGCGGGUAAAUGAAUUUGGCUUCUCAGCCGAGAUGGAAGCUGCUGCAUCUUCGCAAGCAAAUGGCGUACCUGCAGCUAUAGCUGCUACUGCUCAGGAGAUGAAGGAUCCUUCACAGAAGAAGAAAGAUUAGUAAACAGUGGUUAAAUGCAAUAUAAAAUACACAGAAUGUCUGUUUUUAAAAUUUGGUGGCACGUCAGCUCAGAGAGCAUAUGUUUUACGGGAGGAUUGACCAGAAUUAAUGGCAGUAAUGUACGGCAAUAUUUGAAUUAUAACAUUUAUACAUUCGGUUAUACCCACAGUUUUUAGUGUUUGCUACAGUGAUCAUGUAAUGAUUUAAGUAACUAUUUCUGAAUUGUCCAAAGAGGGGGAGGGGGAGUGAGGCAUUAUAUUGUGAGUCACUAUGUAUUUUCAAUUAAUUUUAUCAAAUUAUUUGGCAUCCUGUCAACACAGUUGAAAAAUUGUCUGUCAGAGAAUAAGAAAAUUAGUUCGUAUAAUUUUUU